AUGGCGGCUCAAGGACCCAAAGAAAACCAGUACAUAGUUCAUCGUUCCAUUUACUCAGAAAAAACCUUUCAAGAGGAAAAUGAGAAGAAAGAAAUUGUACAGAAAUCUCUUCAGGAAAAGCUGCAAAAGAACUUCAGAUGUACGUCCAGAAAAGCAUUUCUGAUAGCUAAGUCGUUUCUCCCAAUCGUGGACUGGUUGCCCAAAUACAGAUGGAAAGAGUGGAUUGUACAAGACAUAAUAUCAGGAGUGAGCACGGGACUUGUUGCCACUUUACAAGGCUUGGCCUUCUCGUUGCUUGUUGGAGUUCCAGUUGCUUAUGGCCUUUAUUCAUCUUUCUUUCCCAUUCUGACUUAUUUUGUUCUUGGAACCUCUAGACACCUAUCAGUAGGACCAUUUGCGGUAACAUGUGCAAUGAUGGGAUCGUUGAUUUUAUCUAUGGCCCCUGAUGAAAAUUUUUUAAUAUCAAGCAACAGCACAGGACUGAAUGGAACAGUGGUGGAUACAGUUGCCAGAGACAAUCAGAGAGUCAUUAUUUCAGGAACACUCAGCUUUUUAAUUGGAAUCAUACAGCUUCUUCUAGGUGCAUUUAAGAUUGGCUUCGUUGUUAGGUACCUGGCAGAUCCUCUGGUUGGUGGCUUCACCACAGCUGCUGCUUUCCAAGUUUUUGUUUCACAACUGAAACUGGUGCUUAACGUUCCCUCAAAAAGCUUCAAUGGGGUUCUGUCUAUAAUAUAUACACUUAUAGAUAUUUUUGCCAACAUCGGUAAAACCAACAUUGCUGAUCUUAUUGCUGCACUUUUGACUUUUUUUGUUUGUCUUGGGGUUAAAGAACUGAAUGACCGAUACAAACGUUAUCUGCGUGUACCUAUUCCUAUAGAAGUCCUUGUGACAAUUGUAGCCACAGGGAUUUCAUAUGGAGCGAACCUGGACAAACUAUACAAUGCAGGAAUUGUAAGAUCUAUCCCCAGUGGGUUUUUGCCCCCAGUGAAACCAGAAGUCAGCAUGUUCUCAGAGUUAAUUGGAUCGGCAUUUUCCAUUGGAAUUGUAGCUUAUGCUAUAGCUGUGUCUGUGGGAAAGGUUUAUGCCACAAAACAUAAUUAUUCAGUCGAUGGAAAUCAGGAAUUCAUCGCUUUUGGAAUUAGUAACAUCUUGUGUGGAUCUUUCUCGUGCUUCGUUGCCUCCACUGCUCUCUCCCGUACAGCUGUGCAAGAAAGUACUGGUGGGAAAACCCAGAUUGCUGGUAUAAUUUCGGCAGCGAUUGUGAUGAUCGCCAUAUUAGUCCUUGGCAGGCUACUUGAGCCCCUACAGAAAUCCGUACUGGCAGCCAUUGUUAUAGCCAAUCUAAAGGGGAUGUUCUUACAAGUGCUUGAUGUACCUUAUUUAUGGAGACAGAACAAGUGGGACGCAGUCAUCUGGGUCUUCACAUGUGUCGCCUCUAUCAUUUUGGGUCUUGAUUUAGGAUUGUUGGCUGGAUUAGUGUUUGCUUUAUUGACAGUUGUUCUACGUGUCCAGUUUCCAUCAUCUGGUUCUCUUGGAAACGUUGUUGGCACAGAUAUAUACAAGAAUAUCAAGAUAUACAAACGCGUUUUUGAACCAGUAGACAUCAAAAUUGUUCGUUUUUCUAGUGGUAUUUUUUAUGGAAAUAUCGAUGGUCUAAAAAGUGUCAUCAAAUCAGCUGUUGGAUUUGAUGCAGUCAGAGUGUUCAACAAGAGGACCAAAGCACUGAGAGAAAUACAUGGACUUAUUAAAAAAGGACAAUUAAGAACAACAGAGGAUGGUACAAUCAUAGGUCUUGGUACGGAUAAUGAAGGUUUCGAGACAGAUUUUGAUCAUGAGGAUAAUGAGGCACAUGAAUUAGCCAACAAUUCAGAAGCUCAAACAAAAGAAGUGGAUAUCCAUGUAGACUGGAAUUCAGAGUUGCCUAUCAAAAUUUCUAUCCCAAAAGUCACUGUUCACAGUGUUAUUUUUGAUUUCGGACAAAUCACUUUCCUUGAUGUGGUGGGCGUAAGAUCUCUGAGAUUGAUAUAUAAGGAAUUUAAGAGGAUUGAAGUGGAUGUGUACAUUGCAGCUUGUGACGAAAACGUUUUUAAAAAACUGGAAGACUGCGCAUUCUUUGAUGAAGAAAUCACACCUGACUUCUUUUUCUUGACUAUUCAUGAUGCUGUACUCUAUAUACAGCAAGAGAAUAAGUCAGUUGAUCGUAUUGACCCUAUAAUUCGAAAGAUAUCACUUAUGACAGAAUCCUUGACACUACCAGAAGAAUUAGAAAUAGUGCAUCCAGCUGAACAUGAAUUGGAUGCCCAGGAGAGGAUUUAUCGGAUUAUCGUGGGAGAUCUUAACCUAUUAGCAGAUCCUAUCCUCGAUAGUUCCAAGAAAAAGACAUUGGAAAGUAGAGUUUCAGACUCACUACUUGCUCGUAAUUGGGACACAAGAAUUGAUGACAUAGCCAUCUCCGAUCAUGCUGUUAUUGCCCUGAGCGUUGACAACGGCCAGAAAUAUUUUGGUAAGAACUAUAUUUAUUUUCCCAGACAUAUGUCUAAUAACGUCAAAUUUCAGAAUCAUCUACGAUUAAAGUGGACAGAAUAUUGUAAUAACAAUAGGAAUUAUAUAGACAAAAUUGAGACAUUCUGGGAGACUUCUAAGGCCGUCCUACGGGGAGAAAUUAAAUCCUCAAGUUAUUGGAUUAAAAACUGUAAUCUAGUGUCCAGGCAGCUAGCUAAUCGCGUUAAGAAUACAUACCGAGCCUACAUUCAUAGACAUACUAGAGAACAUUGGGAAGCCUACACUACAGCUAAGACACUGAGAGACACGCAUAUGAAACAGAUCAGUGCCCAGGAAGAACUUAAACUGAAAGCAAGAUAUGGGGGUUUUAUUGGCAGAUCGCCCAAGUUCCUAGCCAGGCUAGUUAAAUCCUCACCCAGACAUGCUAUAGCUUCUAUUAAGCAAGGAACUAGGAGAUAUACUAAUCAUGCUGACAUAGAAAAAGUAUUCUUUGAAUUUUUCAAAGAUCUAUAUAGGCAAGAGCCUAUUAAACCUGACAUAAAAGAAGUAUUCUGGGACAAGAUUAAAGUACCACGUCUAUCUAGGGAAGCCACAGAUGCCAUUAAUGCGCCUAUUACAGAGGAGGAAAUAAUAUGGGAAAUUAAGAAUGCGAAAUCCAAUAAAGCCGCUGGUCCAGAUGCUCUCCCUAUUGAGUAUUACAGAAUUCUACAAAGUCAGAUGAUGCCUAUAUUAAUUAGAUUAUUUAAUUUUUAUUUUUCUGAAAAUACAAAAUGUUCUACCUCUUUCACCGCGGCAAAUAUUUCAUUAAUCCUAAAAAAGGACAAGGAUCCUGAGUUACCAAGCUCUUUUAGGCCUAUCUCGGUCUUAAAUACUGACUAUAAGCUGCUGGCCGCCCUUGUAUCUGCACGAUUGAAACCCCAUAUGGGGGAUCUAGUGCAUGAGAAUCAAUCCAGUUUUAUGCCUGGGCGUAAUCCAGUAAGGAAUAUGAGGAAAUUACUAAUCUUGAUUUAA